GCAUCUGCUCAGCUGCCCUAAACACAAGGCCUGCAUCCUCCUGACCUUACCCCAGGAGUAUUGCUCUCUCUAUAGCCAUCAUCGCAAAAUUCACUGAAGAUCAUCAAGAGCCGCACAGCAAGAAGACGAAGAAGAAGAGAACGAAAUGGGAAGUCUAGGGAAAGCGAUAUACACACUAGGAUCGCUGAUUCGAGGCUCCGGCAAAGCCCUUGAUCGCAUCGGCUGCGGCCUUCAAGGCAGCUACUACUUGUCGGAACAGCUGUCCAGGCACCGAACUCUUAUGGACCUAUUUGACAAAUCCCCUGUUGUUGACAAAGACGCAUUUGUAGCACCAGGUGCCUCAGUAAUUGGCGAUGUCCAAGUGGGAAGAAAUUCAUCUAUUUGGUAUGGAUGUGUAUUGAGAGGUGAUGUGAACAGAAUUCGUGUUGGAGCUGGAACCAACAUACAGGACAACUCCCUCGUUCAUGUGGCAAAAUUAAAUUCGGGUGGCAGGGAUCUACCGACUAUUAUUGGGGACAAUGUUACCAUUGGGCAUAGUGCGGUUAUACAUGCCUGCACUAUUGAUGAUGAGGCAUUUGUUGGUAUGGGAGCAAUAUUGCUCGAUGGUGUCCAUCUCGGGAAACAUGCGAUGGUUGCUGCAGGAGCCCUCGUGAGACAGAACACUAAAAUUCCCUCGGGAGAGAUAUGGGCCGGUAAUCCAGCCAAGUUCCUGAGAAAGCUAACCGAGGAAGAGGUAGCCUUCAUAUCUCAAUCGGCCACAACUUACACCAACCUUGCACGAGUCCAUGCAGCUGAGAACUCGAAAUCCUUUGACGAAAUUGAAUUCGAGAGGAUGCUCCGCAAGAAGUACGCCCGACGUGACGAGGACUACGACUCGAUGAUUGGCGUCGUGCGUGAAACUCCCCCAGAACUUGUUCUUCCUGAUAACAUUCUGCCCGAUAAAGCCAAGAGCUCCAACGAGGUGUACGUAAGGUAGCCUUUCCCUCUUUGCUUGUUUAGGAGUUACGUUGGUGGGUGGAGACUGGCAUAUAUUUCAUCCGUCCCUGGAUAAUAAUACCCAACUUAAUGCUUUCUUCUUUUCCAUGGCUUUCAAGAAACUCGUGUUUUUCAGAGGGAGAUGACUGCUGUUAUUAACCAAUAUAUACAUGAGAAUACUUUCCCCAUUUUUCUCCUUAUACAAUUGAUGAAUUGAAGUAGGUGAAUUG